AUGUGGGUUGGGCUGAUAGAGAAGAACCAGGCCAAUGUCACCGAGCUGGCUUUCGUGUCUAAGGCNAACGUCUUGAGCAAAGAGAGAAGCCGCCGAAAUUACGACGCUCAGCAAACGCUCCGGAAGGCCUGGCCGGGUCCGGAAGCCCAGCGACCUUCGGCCCGAGACCCCUUCGACCCCCUCCACGUCCACCGCCAGCAACGGAGCGGCCAGCACGCCUGGGAAGGUCAAGGCCCCCGCAGACACUCGGCGGAAGACCCUUUCCGCUCGGAUCACUUCCGAGCUGCCGGAAGAAAUCCAGACCCCUCUGAGGAUGAUGCCUACUGGCAGGAAUUCCACAAAACGCCCCCGGAGUGGUAUUCAGACCAGGAGUUCAGGAGGAGGCAGCAACGCAACCUGAGGAUGGUAAUCUACUGUUUGCUGAUCAUGUCCGGAAGCCUCCUGGUUCACUUGGUAUCCUACAGGCAAAUCGCAAAACUUCACACCGGCUUAAUGAACGAGAGAGACCGCAUGAUCAGCCAGGCCCUAAUUAAGGCAAGGGAAAAAGGCAGAGCGAGACACAAAGAGCGUCUGCAACAGAAGCGUGCCCCAGUUCUCCAGGAAGACCCCACCAAACCCCAGGACUCCGUAAACGAUCCGGUUCCUUCCUCCUCAACGGCCAAGUAAUCCAGUGGCAGCCAGCCCUCUUCCAGCCUGCCGG